AACCAACACUGAGCCCUCCUCAUCCUCCCAUUCACUCCCCGAGGAGCAGCCGGAGCCGGCGGCAUCAUGAUGGGGCGCGCGAGGACGCAGCAGCGACAUCACGGGCGUCACGAGCGAUUCCGUCCAGGUGGCGCGAGGAGAACAAGCUGAUCCCGAGGAGGAGGAGGAGGAGGAGAAGGAGCCCGGGAGAAACGGGGGAGGAAAUCCCGCGAGAGAGGAAAGAGACCGACAGGCAGAGACCGACAGAGGACCUGCAGCACGUGCGUGCGGGCGCAGGAGCCCAGAGGAGCAGGAUAAUCCUAAUUUUGGGAGAUUUUUCUUUUCUUUUCUGACGGAGAAGGAGGCUCUCCGCUUUCAGGUCGUCCAGAUGAAUCCCAUGACACAGCUGUACUACAAGAAGGCGACGUACUCGCCGUACCGCGACCGCAUCCCGCUGCAGAUCGUGCGGGCGGAGGUGGAGCUUUCUGCAGAGGAGCGGGCCUACCUCACUGCAGUCGAAAAAGGUGACUAUGCCGGGGUGAAGCACGCCCUCCGCGAGGCCGAGGUCUACUACAACAUGGACGUGAACUGUCUGGACCCGCUGGGUCGCAGCGGGCUCCUCAUCGCCAUCGAGAACGAGAACCUGGAGAUCAUGGAGCUCCUGCUGGACCACGGCAUCCACACGGGCGACGCCCUGCUGUACGCCAUCAGGAAGGAGGUGGUGGGCGCCGUGGAGCUGCUGCUGUCACACAGGAGGCCCAGCGGGGAGAAGCAGGUCCCCUCCCUGAUGAUGGACAGUCAGUUUUCAGAGUUCACGCCGGACAUCACUCCCAUCAUGCUUGCUGCUCACACCAACAAUUACGAGAUCAUCAAGCUGCUGGUCCAGAGAAAGGUCACCAUCCCGAGGCCUCACCAAAUACGAUGCGACUGUGUCGAGUGUGUGUCCAGUUCAGAGGUCGACAGCCUGCGUCAUUCCCGCUCCCGACUCAACAUCUACAAGGCUCUGGCCUCGCCGUCCCUCAUCGCGCUGUCCAGUGAAGACCCCAUCCUCACCGCCUUCAGACUGGGGUGGGAGCUCAAAGAGCUCAGCAAGGUGGAAAACGAGUUUCGUCAGGAGUACGAGGAGCUUUCUCAGCAGUGCAAACGUUUCGCCAAGGACCUUCUGGAUCAGGCCAGAAGUUCAAGAGAGCUGGAGACCAUCCUGAACCACAGGGACAGUGACCAGAGCGAGGAGCUGGACCCCCGGCAGUGCCACGACCUGGCCAAGCUCAAGCUGGCCAUCAAGUAUCACCAAAAAGAGUUUGUGGCGCAGCCGAACUGCCAGCAGCUGCUGGCCACGCUGUGGUACGACGGCUUCCCCGGCUGGAGGCGGCACCACUGGGCCGUCAAACUGGUCACAUGUUUCAUCAUCGGACUGUUGUUUCCUGUUUUCUCCAUGAUCUACCUGUUGGCUCCAAAGAGCGCGCUGGGGCGAUUCAUUAAGAAGCCCUUCAUCAAGUUCAUCUGUCACACAGCGUCCUACCUGACCUUCCUCUUCCUCCUGCUGCUGGCCUCGCAGCACAUUGCCCGCACCAACCUGCACAUGCAGGGGCCCCCGCCCACUGUUGUGGAGUGGAUGAUCCUUCCGUGGGUGCUGGGCUUCAUCUGGGCCGAGAUUAAAGAGAUGUGGGACGGCGGAUUCACGGAAUACAUCCACGACUGGUGGAACCUGAUGGACUUUGCCAUGAACUCUCUGUACCUGGCCACCAUUUCUCUGAAGAUCGUGGCGUACGUGAAGUAUAACUCCUCUCGUCCCAGAGAGGAGUGGGAGAUGUGGCACCCGACGCUAAUAGCUGAGGCUUUGUUCGCCAUCGCCAACAUCUUCAGCUCGCUCCGACUCAUCUCGCUCUUCACCGCUAACUCCCACCUCGGGCCUCUGCAGAUCUCACUGGGGAGGAUGCUGCUCGACAUCCUCAAGUUUCUCUUCAUUUACUGUCUGGUCCUGCUGGCAUUCGCCAACGGUCUCAACCAGCUUUAUUUCUACUACGAGACCAAGGCGUCAGAGGAACCCAACAACUGUAAGGGCAUCCGCUGCGAGAGGCAGAACAACGCAUUCUCAACGUUGUUUGAGACUCUCCAGUCCCUCUUCUGGUCCAUAUUUGGGCUGCUGAACCUCUAUGUGACCAACGUGAAGGCCCGCCACGAGUUCACCGAGUUUGUGGGGGCGACCAUGUUUGGGACGUACAACAUCAUCUCUCUGGUGGUUCUGCUGAACAUGCUGAUCGCCAUGAUGAACAACUCCUACCAGCUCAUUGCCGAUCACGCCGACAUCGAGUGGAAGUUUGCGCGCACCAAGCUGUGGAUGAGUUACUUCGACGAGGGCGGCACGCUGCCGCCCCCGUUCAACAUCAUCCCCAGCCCCAAGUCCGUGUGGUACCUGCUGAUGUGGCUUCACAACAGGCUGUGCCGCAGAGGACAGCCGCCCGGGGAGGAAUCGCACAAAUGUGAAAACCUGCGCGAGUUCACCGAGCGUCAUGCUGACAGCCUGAUCCAGAAUCAGCAUUACCAGGAAGUGAUCCGGAAUCUGGUGAAGAGGUAUGUGGCUGCCAUGAUUCGCAGCGCCAAGACGGACGAAGGGCUGACGGAAGAAAACUUCAAGGAAUUAAAACAAGACAUCUCUAGUUUUCGCUACGAAGUUCUGGAUCUCCUGGGCAACCGGCGUCCUCCCAGAAGGAACUACUCCUCCUCCAGCGAGACGACAAAAGACGAUGGCGCCAUGGCAUCGGAAGAUGACAGUGAAUUGGGUGAUGGCGGCGAAGGAGGAGGAGGAGGGAGUGUGGGCAUCCAGAAGUCAAAGAGCGUCACCUUCACCAACCCAGUGGCGGACAACAGAAAGUCCACGCUUGGCGUGUCGGCGCUGGUGCGCUCCAUAUCGGGAAUGACAAAGACUGAAAGAAAGGAUAAGGCGGAGCUGGAGGAGGGCAGUGGCUGGGGGGAGGAGGAGGAGGAAGAGGAGGGUAAACCAAAGAGUAACGGGCUGAAGACGACUGUCCUCCCUCCGUCUUCCACCUCUGUCCUCCCUUCGCCAUCUUCAUCAGUCUCCUCUUCGCUCACGUCAUCACUGGCUCGCACGAGGAGCCGGCUCCAGCGCCUCUCGGCUCCGAGCUCAAAGACAGACUCUUUCAAACACCUCUCCUACUUGUUCUCUCGGUCCAAGCGCAGAGCCCCACCCACGCCACUCCCCCUACAGUCCCCGCCCUCCUACACCAUUUCUGACGGGUUGCUCUGCCCCUUAGGGAGCCACAGCCACUCCGACUUUGGACUCACCGAUGUGACGAGAAGUGACACGCACCUGAACGAGGUGGGCCGCUCGGUCGACAACCCAUCGUUCUCGCCUCGGAGAACGAAUGGGCGAGACUCGCUGCUGACCCUGCCCCUCCCACCCCCGUGCCCCUGCCAAUCCCUGCACUGUGCUUCCAACAUGUCUGAGUCCAGCUCGCGCCUCCUGGACUCCAGCGAGGACGUUUUCCUGGGUGGAGGCGGGGAAGGGGCGCUGGACGACCACGGGGAUGGAAGAGGGGGCAUGCGGAUGAUGUUGGGUGGGUGGGUGGGACCCUGUGAUGAUGUCAUGGAGGACAGCUGCGAGGUCAUAGAGGACUCUGUCACAACGCAACUAUAG